UCGGAAGAACAGACGGUGCUGCGGUUGGACAGAGGAUGCGUGCUCCAAUAAACCCCACGAAACCCCCAACCCCAGAGCUCCGCGGCGGCCGCCGCGAAGUUCUCCGAAGCACGUUCGAUAUGGCGGCAGCGGCUGUACGGCUGCUGCUCCUCAGGCCCGGGGCGUCCAGAACCGCGGCCACUUGCUCCGCUCUUCUCCACCGCCCUCUCGAUUCCUUCUCCAGAUGCUCCCGAAGCCUCGAGCCGCCCCGUCUACACCUGCGGCCGCCGUCCACCGUCUUCCGGCGGCACCUCUCCGACGCUGCCUUCGACGUGCAGGCUCUCGACACCCGCGUUCCCGCUACCGUCAUCACCGGAUUCCUCGGCUCCGGCAAGACAACCCUUCUGAAUCACAUUUUAACUUCACAGCACGGGAAGAGGAUUGCUGUCAUUGAGAAUGAGUUUGGUGAGGUGGACAUCGAUAGCUCACUUGUCGCUAACCAUUCAUCUGUUGCUGAGGACAUUGUGAUGGUGAAUAAUGGUUGCCUGUGCUGCACUGUCCGAGGGGACCUUGUAAAGAUGCUUCUGAAGUUGGUGAAACAGAAGGGAGACAAGUUUGAUCAUAUUGUUAUUGAAACAACUGGUCUUGCAAAGCCAGGUCCUGUUAUUGAGACAUUCUGUUCUGAUGAAUUGGUUUCUAAAUAUGUGAAACUUGAUGGUGUGGUUACUUUGGUUGAUUGUAAGCAUGCCAUGAAACAUUUGAAUGAAGUGAAACCAAGGUGGGUUGUAAAUGAGGCAGUAGAACAAGUUGCUUAUGCAGAUCGGAUUAUAUUAAACAAGAUUGAUUUGGUCGAUGACGCAGAACAGGAGGUUUUAGCCAAUAAGAUCAAGCUCAUAAAUGGGAUGGCACAAAUGAAAAAGGCAAAGUUUGGAGAUGUUGACAUGGAUUUUGUGCUAGGAAUUGGGGGCUAUGACCUUGAUAGGAUUGAGUCUGAAGUCCAAUCGAAUGAAAGCAAAGAGACAGGUCAUUGCCACUCGGGUGAUGCACAUGGACACCAUCAUGAUCAUGUCCAUGAUUCAGCUGUUACUAGUGUGAGUAUUGUUUCAGAGGGAGUACUUGACCUUGAUGAGGUUAAUGAUUGGCUAGAGAGGCUGGUGGAUGAGAAAGGUGAAGAUCUGUACAGAUUGAAGGGCGUUAUAUCUGUGAACGAAUCAACUGGACGCUUCGUAUUUCAGGGUGUGCACUCUAUGUUGGAAGGCUGCCCAGCAAAACCAUGGGAGCCUGAUGAGAAGAGAAUCAAUAAGCUUGUGUUUAUUGGCAGAAAUUUGGACGAAGCUGCACUACGGAAAGCCUUCAAAGGUUGCUUACUAUGAACACUCUGGUCAUGUAAUGCUCCAUAGGAGGUUGAGGAUGCCCAUAACUACACACAAAUAGAUGAAGCGCAAGAGCAAGUACAAGGCCCUUUGUUUUUGGUGCUGAUGUUUGCUUCGUGUUCAUCGAGAAAUUGAUUACUGUUGCCAACAUCCUAGACAACACAAUGGUCCAUGUUUUGUGAAUUCUGAUAGAUACUGCCCAAGCUCCAAGGUCUAUGCUUGUACGGCAUCGGAUCAUAGUUGUAUGCCGUCUUAUGAUGUGAAACUUACAUGCUUUUGUCAUGUCCCUGGUGUCAUUUGAUCGAACCUGACCGUAAAAUCAGCUCUGUAGCUCCCGAAAUAUGGUGUCGGUAUUCUGACAGGACGACUUACAAAUCACAUUGGGCUUGUUCA